AUGAAGAAGAUCAUCUAUCUAAUUUCAGAAUUGAAAAUAAAGAUGAAAAUGGAUUGUUUAAAUAGAAAAGAAAAAGACAAUGUACAAAUAAAUGCUAUUGACGUUGUUCCUAUUGUCGAAGAUACAAAUGAUGAUACAUCACAACAUCACAAAGGAAUAUAUUGGCGACUUCUAUUUCUUAAUUUAGUCGUAUUAUGGGCAUAUCAAUCAUUAAUAUCGGCACAAAAUUAUUAUAGUAAUUUUUUUCCUAAUGAUCAUUUAGAUUUUUGGGGAACUGUAUCAGCUGGUUCAUCAAUGUUUUUUCUUCAUAUAAUUCAAUUAUAUUUUGGUGUUUAUAAAUAUGGAUUUACAAAACGUGUUAUACCUGGCUUUAUAGCUUAUAUUAUUAUAGCAAUUCUUGUUAUGGCUUUUAAAAAUAAAAUUAUUUUAAUUAUUGCUUUUGCAAGUGUUGGUGGAAUUAAUACAAUUACUGAAUCUCCUAUUUAUGGUAUCGCUGGAUUAUUUACAACAGGUUCAUUUACUCAAGCUGUUCAAGUUGGUAAUGGUAUGGCUGGAUUUUUAAAUGUUACUGCAAAUACAAUAAUUCGAUUAAUUGUUCUAUUAGUUCAUAGUAAAAUCGAUCAAGAUCAAUUAUCAUUUUAUAUAUUUAUGAGUGUAUUAAUAGUAUUAUGUUUUAUAGCUAUUUAUGUUUACUAUAGUUUAAUAAAAAUUCCACCAGUUAAUAUGAGAAUAAGUCAACAAAUGGCUUCAUUCCAACGAGAAAUAUCGGGUGAGACUGUUGAAUUACAUCUUGUCGAAAAUGAACUUUCAUUUUGGACAUUAACAAAAAUUUUGAAAACUCAUUUAUUUGUUCAAUUUUACGUGUUAUUUAUAAGUUUAUUAUUAUGGCCAGGUAUUCCAUGUGGUGCAUCAAAUAAUGGUUGGUUUCAGUAUGGUGGUAAUCAUUGGUGGUGUUCACCUUUUAUUAUUGGAACAUUUAAUCUUGGAGAUCUUAUUGGUCGUACUCUUGCUGUCAGAGCUCAUCAAUAUUUUUCUUCAAAAACUUGUUUAUUUUCUGCAGUUUUAAGAACAUUUUUUAUUCUAAUUAUAUUUUAUCGGCAUCAUAUAGAUAAUAUAUUUCUUCUUUGUAUAAUAACAUUAAUGGGAAUGACAAAUGGUCUUCUUGCAACAGUUACUUUUAUGGUUCGUCCUCAAACAAUUGUUGGUGUUAAUAAUUGUGAAAGAGCUGCUUAUUUAAUGACGGCAGCUUUAUAUUUUGGAAUUGCAAGUGGAUCCAUUUUUGCAGCUAUUUUAGCAUUAACUCAUCUUGUUUAG